AGUAAAGGUUCGAUUGUGUGCAUCACAGCCAAGUCGGGAUAAUUGCCGCGAAUAUUUCCCGGGUGGACGAAACAACGAAGCGACACUCUCAGAAUGGCCUCAACCCGGUCUGACGACAACGCGUGCUGGCGCGAAAGGAGUUUCGAAUCAAACAUCAAUUAUUCACAUCGUCACCCCCCUGGACUGGGACUAGAAAGAAAGAGGCAUAACCCUCCCACGCCUCCGUAUCCACAAAAUCCCUUUUCACCCUUGCCCGUCGGGGAUUCAGAGCCACCGCCACAUGAGCUGCCCUAUUCCGUGUACAUAUCGACGCGGUCUCCUCCUCAUCGUCACCUUUCUCCUCCUCGUCGUCACCUUUCUCGUCCUCCUCGUCCUCCUCGUCCUCCGCCCAGUCUCAGAACCGAUCUUCGAAACCUACCAAGGCAACACGAUUUCGACGCAGAGUGGGUGACCGGCAAUGCGGAAUACGAGGCCUUCAUGAACGCUCCACGACGAUCGCGGCGCGCAAGCAUUUCGUCGCAGGUGAGCGAGAGGGAUCAUCCAAUCGGAAGACAGAUACUGGAGCAAGAACAAGUAGGUGAGACAGGAAGACAUGAAGAUAAGAGAAGGGUGCGUGAACAACAGCAAGAAGAGGCAGCGGAAGCUCAGCACCGAAGACAUUGGGUAGAGGUGGAGACGACGACGGAUGUGGAGAGUGAGACCAAGCGACGUGCGCAACGACGAGGAACGAAGGCGACUGACGAGGGGGAAGACCAGGAACGUGUCAACCCGAGUGAUAUGGGUCAAAGACAUGUGGACCAGGGACGUGCGGAGCGAUGCAGAGAUGCCAAGGGAAAAGAGGUAGACCACGGCACCAGACCGACAACCAUCCGGGCCCGGGCGGCCACAUCUCAGCAAAACGAGACGACGCAAGCCCUCGAAGCUACUGUUCAAGAACUGAAAAGCUUCAUCAACGAAGUCAGUGAGGGUCUCAAUGAAGUCGGUGAGCGUAUCAAUGAAGUCAGUGAGCGCCUCGGGGACAUGGAAAAAAAGCAAAGUCGUCAUCCAAGGCGCAGAGCGCAUCCGCUCCUCUUCCCGGCCAUGAAGAUACCUCGCAAUCAUUUCGCGAUGGCCACGCUCGGUGGGCGGACGUUGCAGAGGCAGCUCCGUCAAGCGUCACAUCCAAUCACUAUGGACUUGUGGUCGACGGCGAUGACGGCACUGUCGGAAGCGACUAGCGACAAGGAUUGCGACCAUCUGCACUGCCACGUCUCAGGAUCCACCUUGGUGACCGAUUGCGAAGACGGGGAAGGAGAAGAGGCGGACGAGAUGCAGGAACCAGAGUUCGUCAAUGUGUCUUCAAGACACGCGCCACCGAUGCUCAGACAUAGGGGCAGACCAGGCGACAAACAGCCGGUGAGAUCCAAGUCUCGAUCGGGUGGAAGGGUCCUGCCCUCCAAAGGCGAACGGAUGGCGUCGGCAGCAGGAGAAAGUUGCGAUGGCCCCGAAAUGCCAGACAACUCAUCGAGUGACGGCCCGGGAUUGACCCCUUUGACGUCCAGAUCGAGCCCUUCGGAGUACGAGAACGACGCCAGUGAGCGAAUGAGGAGGAGAGAGGAAAGAACAACCAUAGACAGAGCCCAGAGAUAUAUGAAGGAGAGCCGCAAACUUGGUGCGCUGUCUCCUCCGCCAUGCUCAGCCCGGCUGGGCGUCCCAAGACGCAGCUCUCUCAAGGAAGACACUGGCGGCGUCCAACAUGACUGUCGGCGGCGACGGCAGUCUCGAAGUCUUCUGCCGGAAGGUGUGGCUGAUUGGGAACAUGCCGCAUAUACAUGGGCUGGGAUCGAUGCCGUCCCAUACAUCGUGGCCAUGCCGUCGGAAGCUAUUUCGAUGGGAAUGAUGCGUGGAUAUCAUCCGGCCCAAACGAUGGGUUUCUCCCAAUGCUCGCAUUGUCCUGGAUGUAACCUGUAUUGUGUCAUGUAGCUAAUUUGUAGGCUAGCUAGCAUACUCCAAGUCAAGAGGCAAGCGUA